UGUUCUGGAAAGAGAUUUCCACACCUUAAAGCUAAUAUAAAGGGUUGGAGUUGCACUGGCAGCCUCGUCUGGCACCUUCUUCCCAUCAGGCAAAAUGAAAGUCCUUGUGGUGUUUCUGGUGUUGGCCAUCUUUGGGACACAAUCUCAUGGAUAUGAGGUUUAUAACAUCAUCAGCCCAAGCAAAAAUGGUGGCAAUCUUCAGGAGACAGUGACAAUCGACAAUCAAAAAAAUAUUGCCAUCAUUAACAUCCAUUCAGGUUCAUGCUCCUCUACCACGAUUUUUGACUAUAAACAUGGCUACAUCGCAUCCCGGCUGCUCUCCCGAAGAGCUUGCUACAUCCUGAAGAUGGACCACAAGGCGAUCCCUGCUCUGGACAAACUAGAACGAUACAUCUACGAGAAACAGGCUAUGAAGAACAUGUACUCUGACAAAUACUUCUGGGUCAAAUACAGCCCUCUGCAGUCCUUGAUCAUGGACAUAGACUGGUUCCUGGUUGGUUCCCCGAUCAGGCAUCUCUGCAGUCACAUCCCCCUGUACAAGGGGGAAGUGGUUGAGAAGAUAGAAAACGUCAGUAUUCGCUUCUGCUCAAAGACUGGACUCCUGGGCGUCUUAGGAUUCUCCAUCUGCGCAAGCGAGGGCGUUUAAGGCCCCCCCAACCCCCUGCCCCACCACCCCGUGUCGUCUUUUCUAAGACACGCUCCCUUGUUUUCCACUCAGCAGCCAAAUUAAGUUCUUUCCCAAUGCCCCAACCAAUGUUGAGACUCAGUGGUAAAACAUAAAUCCUAUUAUCUACA